AUGGAUCCUGGACGUCUGCGCUCUCUGGCGCUCUUCUUAAGGGUGUUUAUGAUUUCUGCCACAGCAUCUGCCGUCAACCUCGAGGGAGAACUUUUUAAGGAUUUGAUGAGGGGCUACAACAAGCACAUUAGGCCCAUGGAGAAGAGCGGGGACAUCACUCCGGUCUACAUCAAGAUGACGCUCACCAACCUCAUCUCCCUGAGUGAAAAGGAGGAGGCCCUGACCACCAGCGUCUGGAUUGAGAUGAAUUGGUGUGACUACAGGCUCAGAUGGGACCAGCCGCCCAGGUCGGCUCUGUACGGAAACAUCACCUCCGAGCUACGUAUCCCCUCCAAGAGCAUCUGGCUGCCAGACGUCAUCCUGGAGAACAACGUGGACGGACAGUUUGAGGUCGCUCUCUAUUGCAACGCACUUGUGUCUCCUAACGGCUGUGUGUACUGGCUGCCUCCUGCCAUCUACCGCAGCGCCUGUGCCAUCACUGUCAACUACUUCCCCUUCGACUGGCAGAACUGCACCAUGGUCUUCCGCUCUCAGACCUACAGUGCCAAUGAGAUCGAGCUGGUGCUAAAACAGGAGGACAACCAAACGCUCGAGUGGGUGGACAUCGAUCCAGAAGCUUUCACAGAGAAUGGCGAGUGGGUCAUCAAACACAGGCCGGCCAAGAAAGUCAUCAACAAUCAGUACACGCAGGACGAGCGCGAGUACCAGGAGGUGGUCUUCUUCCUCAUCAUCCAGCGAAAGCCCCUGUUCUACAUCAUCAACAUCAUCGCUCCCUGCGUGCUCUUCUCCUCGCUCUGCCUGCUCGUCUACUACUUACCUGCCAAAGCUGGCGGUCAGAAGUGCACGAUGUCUAUUGCAACUCUUCUGGGUCAGACUGUGUUCCUCCUCCUUAUCUCCAAGAAGGUUCCAGAGACUUCGAAAGCGGUGCCUCUUAUUGGAAAGUAUCUGAUGUUUGUGAUGUCAGUGACCACCAUGGUCGUGAUGAACUGUGUGAUUGUCCUCAACGUGUCCCUGAGGACCCCCAACACCCACAUCAUGACAGACAAAGUCCGAAAGAUCCUCCUCAACAUCCUGCCUCGACUGCUGAGGAUGCAGAUGCAGCCCUGGACACCAAACGACGACAACACCAUGGUAACCGGAAACGGCAAAACUCAAACUACGGACGUGAACCAUGUGUUCCUGGUUCCCUGCCGACGCCGCAGCUCCAUGACCCUCAUCUUCAAGGCGGAGGAAUACGUGAUGAAAACAGCUCGGUCCGAACUCAUGUUUGCCAGACUCAAAGAGAGAAAUGGAUUGAUGAAGUCAGUAUUAGAGAAGCUACAUGAUGGGAUGGAGGGCGGCACAGCUGAGCAGCUCGGUGCCAGCCUGAUGAACGCCUCUCCAGAGCUGAAGCAGUGUGUGGCGUCCUGCAAACACAUCGCAGAGACUGCCCGGCAGCAAAACAACUUUGAGAACGAGAAUGAAGAGUGGAUCCUCGUUGCCCGGGUGAUCGACAGAGUCUGCUUCAUCGUCAUGACGCUGGUGUUUUUCAUCGGCACUAUUGGGAUCUUCCUGAUGGGCCACUUCAACCAGCCUCCCUCCUCACCUUUCCUGGGCGAUCCAAAGAAGUAUCUCCCUCCAUUGAACAACAUCUCUGAUAUGAGUGACAGUGGAAUGUGA